GUGUGACUGUUUUGGAAUAUGAGGAUAAUUUAACAAUGCAAGCACUAAAGAGAUUACGAGUUUUGUACUCUUGUCACGGACUCCAUAAUGCCCACAACUGUAUGAAAGGGCAAAAUCUGUAUAUGGUAUCAAAUUGUGGCGUGACGCUGUCAAAGUCGUUCACCUUCAGCAGCAAACACACUGGACGACAUUUGGCUGUUUCUAAUUUAGUAGAUGGUGACAAAGUUGACCGGACACUUAUUUCUUCAUGGCUAUGGUCAAGGAAUUUAUGCACCUCAGGCAAACAUGACCAUCAUAUCUGUUGGAGCUGCGGGUCGACGUCGGUCCAUCUGUUCUUUUGUUCAUCUUGCAAAGUUAUACAACCACCCAGUGAAAAAGCAUCCUAUUUUGAGGUCAUGAAUUGUGAGCAGAAAUUUGCGUUGGACACCCAAAAGCUACAGAGGAGGUACCUGGAGCUCCAAAGGACGUUACAUCCCGACAACUUCAGCCAGAAAACACCGAGAGAACAGGAGUAUUCAGAAAACCAAUCAGCGUUGGUAAGCAGAGCCUACAGAACUCUCCUUAAGCCACUAAGUCGCGGACUUUACAUGCUGGAGCUGAGAGGCCUGCGUCUGGAGGAAGGCACGGACGCCGGGGCUGACCCUGAGCUUCUCCUAGAGGUCAUGGAGAUCAACGAGAAACUGGCAGAGACGCGGAGCAGAGAGGAGGUCGAUGCCAUUGGCCAGUCCAUGCGAGAGAGACUCAGAGACUUGGUGGAGGAGAUGAACUUGCAUUUGAACAAAGGAGACCUUCAGUCAGCCAAAGCUGUUCUCAUCCAAAUGAAAUACUUCACCAACAUUGAGGAAAAGGUGAAAGAAAAGCUGACAGAAAUCUUGUGAAACA